UCACUGCGCGGCUCCUCUCUCACGUUUUUGCCGGAUACAGGAGCAGGAUCGGGGGGAGUGAGUGGAUCGUGGCGUUGAUCCCAGCGGAUCAGGGGGGACAUCAUUCGGGAGUCGGGGAGGAGGAGAUAGCGGAGAGGAGAGGAUGCUCAGUGGACAAGGCGGCGGGAGAUGAGCAAUGGGCAAGGGGCGUCCUAGAACUCCUGACAGAGAAGAGGAGCCUUCUUUGCCGUAGCCACCUCCCCUCUCCUCUCCUCCUCCAGUCCACGUUUCCCCUUUCAGACCUGUUGAGUGUUUUUUUUUUGUUUCACUUUCUAUCCCUCCACAUCCUCCAUCAUCUGACACCAUGACAACCUCAGCCCUGCGCCGGCAGGUGAAGAAUAUUGUGCACAACUACUCAGAAGCGGAGAUCAAGGUUCGAGAGGCCACCUCGAACGAUCCAUGGGGCCCGUCCUCGUCUCUCAUGUCAGAGAUCGCUGACUUGACCUUUAACGUGGUGGCGUUUGCUGAGGUCAUGGGCAUGGUGUGGAAACGCCUCAACGACAGCGGCAAGAACUGGAGACAUGUCUACAAGGCCCUGACUCUGUUGGAUUACCUGCUGAAGACAGGAUCAGAGAGAGUGGCCCAACAAUGCCGUGAGAACGCCUUCACUAUUCAGACGCUACGUGACUUCCAGUACGUGGACCGCGACGGCAGAGAUCAGGGGGCCAACGUGAGAGAAAAAGCACGCCAACUGGUGUGCCUCCUCCGGGACGAGGAGCGGCUCCGCCAGGAGAGGAGUCAAGCCCUAAAGACCAAGGAGCGGAUGGCUGGGGGAGGCAGUGGAGGGGGCGGGGGUGGGGGUGUGUAUGGAGGUAUACCUCCGUCCUACCAUCCAGGCAGACGCACAAGCCAGCCCAGCAUGGCCGUGCUGUACGGGGAGGAGUUCAGCCGCUCCAGAGGCUCUCCAUCCUCCUUUAACUCCUCGUCCUCGUCACCUCACGCCGCCUCAGACCUGGAGCAGGCUCGACCGCAGACCAGCGGCGAGGAGGAGCUGCAGCUCCAGCUGGCUUUAGCCAUGAGCAGGGAGGAGAGUCAGAAGGAGCAGUGCUGUCGCCAAGGAGACGAGUCUCUGUUACAGAAGGCCCUGGAUGAGAGCAGGAGAGAGAGUCAGUCAGAGACACAGGAGUCGGCCAUGCUGGACCUGGUGGACAUUUUUGGCUCCUCGUCUGAGGCCCCACGUCAGCCGGGUGACCCUUGGAGCUCUGCCCCACCCGCCGAUGACAUCACCUCUGACCCCUGGGACUCUGUAGCGGUCCACUCCAGCACUCCUGUGAUUGGUAGCCCUUGGACUGCCCCACCCACAUCCUCCAACGCGUCCAAUCCCUGGGCUCCAUGUGAGGACUCGUGCACAGAUCCCUGGGAAACAGCACCUGUCUCUUCCAGUCCUGUCAAUCAUGCGUGGGACUGCCCACCAGACGGAGGUGGUGAUGAGACGGAUCCGUUUGCUGAUCAGGAAGAGGAUAAUCCCAAACAGGAGAUUCCUCAAGUGUCCUCCCCUCAACCUGCUAGUCCCACAGAUUCCGAGCUGUUUGGAGCAACGGCAGAUUCUGACCCAUUUGCUGGAGCAGAUUCCGGGCCAGAUCCAUUUGGGUCUGACCCGCCGGGGAAACCGCAGGUAAAUGGACGAGAGUCGUCCAGCCCGGAGAUGUUCGACCUGUCCCGGCUAGCGCCCCCGCUCAGCGCCCCCCCAACACGCAUGUGUCGAACCCCAGAGGCCUUCCUGGGACCCACGGGGGCCUCGCUGGUCAAUUUAGACGCGCUGAUACCCUCCAACCCCCCCAACAAGAUGCACAACAACCCCUUCCUCUUAGGUCUGAGUGCUCCGUCUCCCACCAACCCCUUCCACUGCGAUCAGCCUCGCCUCACCCUCAACCAAAUGCGACCGGCCUCUACAUCCCCACUGCCCCCCCACAUGCUCUCCUACAGCCCGUCUCUGCCUCUCCCUCUGCACCACCAGGCGCCCGUCCUCCCCUCCUCUCUCACACAACCUCCCGCCGGACUCCUGGACCUUCCCUCAAACCUCCCUCAGCCCCUGCUCCCCCUUUCUCCCCGACCGGCUCAGCGCUCUCAGUCACAGACACACAGCCACAACCCCUUCCUCUGAGACCGCCUGCGUCUUUCUAGCUCUGCAGGGUUAGACGACAGAGUGGACUCUUUUUGGAUCAAUCUAUGCCGACUUCAACGAGACUGGUUUAAAUGAGCCUGAACUGGAUCCUGGUCUGAUGUCAUUGUGCACACUUGAAGAGGAAGAAACUCGGACUGGAUGCAUUUGUGUCUCUGUCUAAAGCCACACCAGCUGCUAUAUACCCUGAACUCUUGAAGGAAAGUUAACUCACACACAAUCACAUAUACAUGCACAUACACACACACACAUGCACUCAGGCGCACUUAAAGGUGCAUCGACACAAACAUGCACACCCACCCAAACUAACAGGGUGUAUCUCAACAGCCCCUUUGAUGCCUUUUCCCCAUCAACAGUGACAACUCCGAGCACCCUUUGACCACAGAGCCAGAACGGUUCCUUUAGAAGAUUGUGAUGAAGCCUCAUACUCUGAUUGUCCACCGAGAUUCACCAGGAUCCUUACCGCUGCUGCUUCACCGACGAAAGCAUGAAUGCAACCCACCCCCUCCCCGAGACUCCAAACUAUUCUAUUCUGCUGAGCACCUGAGACUAGUUCUUCAAAUAAAUCCUUUUUUUCUGAUGAGUCAAAUAGUAUCUUGAGCUUUGUUGGCACAAUUGAAUCACCGGAGAAAUCCUGGAAGUGUGUCACUGUUAGAUUCAAGACAGCAUUCAGCACUGUCCAAGAGCUAACUGACUCACUUAUUCCUCCCUACAUGCACACAAUGGUAUCUAUUUUGCAUUAACGUGUUACCUAGCGACCUCCACAGUAUCUGGCCCUUAGUUACAUAUUUGUGAAAGUAGCCCCAAAAGGAUCCAGAUGGUUUCAAACCAGACUGAACCAGCCUAAGCUAAACCCGACUGUCUCAAUCUGGACCUAAACUGAUCACUGAUUGUAACCCAUCUGACCCGCGUGCCUGUCUCUACAGCUGACCCACAAUGCAUUUCCGGCUGGUUCAUAUUGGCGUCAUAAAGGAGGACCUCAGGGAGACUGCUCCGUCCCUCCUCCAGUGAAAUUCAACCUUAGUGAGUGGAAGGGCAUCGGUCUACUGAUUACAACAACAUUUCAGAUAUGAGCAUAAAAGUGAAGGAUGAGGAGAACAUAUUAAGGAGAAGGGGAGAGUAAGAGAAAGAUUAAAAUGAUCACAGAUGAUAAACUGAUGUAUUGAUGAGCAGUAGCUCUCUCUUCUGCUCCGCGUUCACUUCUGUGUUAGGACAAGAGAAUCUAGAAGAGAUGUUUGGUCAUCACUGCACUGAAGCUGAAUGUGAAAUGCCUGCCUAUAGAAACAACGGGCAAAGUACAUAUGU